CAGCCUGCACAGUCCCUGCCCUAGAGAGAAACUGAAAAAGCAGAAGGGAGCAGCUCAAGGAACCAAAGAAGCAUUAUUUUGACUGUUGCAUCUAAACAAUGAGUUAUCCAGGUUAUGCUCCUAUGAGCGGCUUUCCUCCAAUCCCCACAGCUAAUAAUCCAUGGGGGGCACCUGGAGGGAACCCUCCUCCUCUUGGACUCGAUAACAUGGCGGCUACCAUUCGUCAGCAGUACAACCCACAGAGCUAUAUGCAAAACUCAGGGUAUCCUCCAGCUGGUUUUGGAGGUAUGAAUCCAGGCCCAGGAAUGUACCCACAGACGGCAGGUGGUGGAUAUGGGGCACCUCCAGGUGGUGGAUAUGGGGCACCGCAGCCUGGUCAACCACAAGUUCCUUCCUAUGGCAUGUUCCCACCAGCUAGUGGAGGCCAACAGCCACAGAUGCCAGGAUAUAAUCAAGGAUAUCCCUCAGCCCCCCUGCCUGGUCAGCCAAUGCCAUCACAUGGGCAUCCGCAAAUGCCAAUGCCUGGUCAGCAACCCAUGCCAGUGCCUGCACAACCACCAAUGGGCAUGCCUGGGCAGCCUCCAAUGACCUACCCAAGCCAGCAACCUGUUGCAAGUUAUCCUGCAGGACCAGCUGUAAAUCCUUCUAUGCCAUCGUACCCAUCCCCAGGAAUGCCAGCUGUCACUCCAGGGAAGGUUGCGAAACGAGGAACCAUAACAGAUGCACCAAACUUUGAUCCACUUAGAGAUGCUGAAUUGCUCAGAAAAGCCAUGAAAGGAUUUGGAACAGAUGAACAGACCAUUAUAGAAUGUCUGGGGAGCAGAUCAAAUAAACAGAGACUGCAGAUUGCCCUAUCAUUUAAAACGGCCUAUGGAAAGGAUUUAAUAAAAGACCUGAAGUCUGAGAUUUCUGGAAACUUUGAGAAGGCAGUCCUAGCGAUGUUGAAAGCGCCUUCAGUUUAUGAUGCUUAUGAAAUCCAUGAAGCCAUUAAGGGUGCCGGCACAGAUGAGGCUUGCAUCAUAGAGAUCCUGUCAUCACGCAGUAAUGCAGAGAUCCAGGAAAUCAACAGGGUGUACAAAAAAGAGUUUAAGAAGACACUGGAACAGGCUAUUAAGAGGGACUCUUCCGGUCACUUCCAGAGACUGUUGAUUUCACUCUCUCAGGGGAACCAAGACGAGAGCAGCCAUGUGGACAUGACAUUAGUCCAACGUGAUGUCCAAGAGCUAUAUGCAGCUGGGGAGAAUCGCCUGGGCACAGAUGAGUCCAAGUUCAACGCCAUCUUGUGUGCUAGGAGCAGACCACAUCUUAAUGCAGUUUUCUCUGAAUAACAGAGGAUGCGCAACCGUGACCUUGAGAAAAGUAUCUGUCGUGAGAUGUCAGGGGAUCUAGAGAGUGGCAUGCUGGCAGUCGUGAAGUGCCUUAAAAACACUCAAGCAUUCUUCGCUGAACGUCUUCACAAAGCAAUGAAAGGCACUGGUACAAAAGACAAGACGCUGAUCCGUAUCAUGGUUUUGCGCAGUGAGGUGGAUUUGCUGGAUAUUCGCACAGAGUACAAGAGGCUUUAUGGAAAGUCCCUGUACACAGAUAUCACGGGCGACACAUCUGGGGAUUACCGGAAGAUGCUUCUGAAGCUUUGUGGUGGGAACGAUUAAGCUGUGCCUUUUUCUA